CGUCACGCAGUUGUCUUGUCUGUCACAUCGCGAUAUUUUUGUGGCUCUUACGUUUAGGGUGUGUGCAUUCUUUAUGUGUUGUGCUACUUAUGUGGAAAAUUAGGUGAUAUUCUUCCUUUUCCCGGAUAGUGAUCCUAAACCGACAAGAUGCCGAAAUCGAUGAACGUCCGCGUGACGACGAUGGACGCGGAGCUGGAGUUCGCGAUCCAGCAGACGACGACCGGCAAGCAGCUUUUCGACCAGGUGGUCAAGACCAUCGGCCUCCGCGAGGUCUGGUUCUUCGGCCUGCAGUAUACCGACUCUAAGGGAGAUCUGACCUGGAUCAAGCUGUAUAAGAAGGUGAUGCAACAGGACGUGAAGAAGGAGAACCCGCUGCAGUUCAAGUUCCGAGCCAAAUUCUAUCCUGAAGAUGUGGCUGAUGAGCUCAUCCAGGAGAUAACGCUCAAGCUCUUCUACCUACAGGUGAAGAACGCCAUCCUGUCAGACGAGAUCUACUGCCCGCCCGAAACUUCCGUCCUGCUCGCAUCAUACGCGGUGCAAGCGAGACACGGCGACCACAACCCCGGCCUGCACGGGCCCGGGUUUCUCGCCAACGACCGUCUGUUGCCGCAGCGAGUCACCGACCAGCACAAGAUGUCCCGCGACGAAUGGGAACAAAGCAUAACCAACUGGUGGCAAGAGCACCGUGGCAUGCUCCGCGAAGACGCCAUGAUGGAAUACCUGAAGAUCGCACAGGACCUCGAGAUGUACGGAGUCAACUACUUCGAGAUCAGGAACAAGAAGACCACGGAGCUGUGGCUCGGUGUUGACGCUCUCGGGCUUAAUAUCUAUGAGAAGGACGACAAACUGACUCCAAAGAUCGGUUUCCCCUGGUCUGAAAUCCGCAACAUCUCGUUCAACGACCGCAAGUUCAUCAUAAAGCCCAUCGACAAGAAGGCGCCCGACUUCGUGUUCUUCGCGCCGCGCGUGCGCGUCAACAAGCGCAUCCUCGCGCUGUGUAUGGGCAACCACGAGUUGUACAUGCGGAGACGCAAGCCCGACACUAUUGAUGUGCAGCAGAUGAAGGCCCAGGCUAGAGAGGAGAAGCUCGCCAAACAGGCACAGAGAGAGAAACUCCAACUAGAAAUCGCGGCUCGUGAACGCGCGGAAAAGAAACAACAGGAAUAUGAGGACCGUCUCAAACAUAUGCAGGAGGAGAUGGAACGCUCACAGGCAAACCUGAUUGAAGCUCAGGACAUGAUCAGACGGCUAGAGGAGCAGCUCCGUCAGCUGCAAGCUGCCAAGGAGGAGCUGGAGCAGCGACAGAAUGAGCUGCAGGCCAUGAUGACCCGCCUCGAGGAGACCAAGAAUAUGGAAGCCGCGGAGCGCGCUAAGCUCGAAGAGGAGAUCCGCAACAAACAAGAAGAGGUUUCCCGUAUCCAGCAGGAGGUUGAGGAGAAGGACACUGAAACGCGUCGGCUGCAAGAGGAGGUUGAGGAGGCGCGCAGACAACAGGACGAGGCGGCGGCGCUGCUGGCGGCGGCGGUGACGCCCUCGCACCACCACGUGGCGGAGGGCGGGCAGGGCGACGCGGGCUCCGACGGCGGCUCCGACGAGGGCGGCCAGGAGCUGGCCGGCGCGCCCGACGACCUCGUGGACCCCGUCGAGGACCGGCGCACGCUGGCCGAGAGGAACGAACGUCUGCAUAGCCAACUUAAGGCCCUGAAGCAAGACCUCGCACAGUCCCGCGACGAGACCAAGGAGACCGCCAUGGACAAGAUCCACCGCGAGAACGUGCGCCAGGGCCGCGACAAGUACAAGACUCUGCGCGAGAUCCGCAAGGGCAACACCAAGCGUCGCGUCGAUCAGUUCGAAAACAUGUAACCGCGGUACAUGCACACGAGACCGGCUCGACGCGAUGACUGGGGGUUAUAUUUCACCGUGUCCAUAUUUGCAACACUUAGAACAGGGGUCGGAAAACUUGCGAGCCGCAUGGAGGUUAGAUGGCGGCUCUUCGAGUCGACCAAAACUUUACACUUUGUGUACUUGGACUACUGAAAACACUUUGAGACUCCAAAAACAUGUCAUUUACUACUCAGCUGGGUCUUAUUCACAAAAGUUUGCCGACCCCAGAAUUAGAACAUUAAAUGUUCGAAACGGUAUUUUCCUGUGUCCAAGUCCAAAUUUGCAACACUUAAAACAUUAAAUGUUAGAAGAUUUUGCCGUCCACAUUUGCAACACUUGAAACAUUAAAUGAUAGAUUUUUCCGUGUCCACAUUAGCAACACUUAUAACAUUUAAUGUUGAAAGAUUUUGCCAAAUGUCAAUAUUUUGCCAUGUCCAUGUUUACAACAAUAGAAACAUUGAAUGUUGGAAUAAGACCUUAUAUGUGAAAUAGUUCUUGCAUAUUGCGACUAAGGGCUGCCUUAUGUAAAAGACUAAUGUUUGUACACCACAUUAUCUGUGAGAACUAUUUAUUAGUAUUGUAAUGUAACCGACUUAAACAUGAAAACAUGUAGUUUUGAAAGAGACAACAUUUAACAUUGUCAGUGAUGUCAUCACUUACUAAGAAAUUAAACUUAAGACUUCACUAUAACUUAUUGCGGUCAAUGUAUAUAAAGACAUCUAAAAUUAAUAUACCAUUUGUGCUAAAGCUCUAAUUUAGUACUUAUAUCCGAGUUUAACGGUUAAAUAUUGAAAAGCCCACCAGUCUACGGUUUGGACCAAGUUUUGUAAGCGUUUUAAACAUAUCCUAGUUAAGGACUGCCCAAGGGAGUCCGUCGGUAAAGCAGCGACAAAUCGCUCUCCUAAUGCUGCCACUUUUGAGUAAAAUAUACACAAAUUAUUAAAAAAUGUCUCACAAUAAUCUGCCAAAAGUAUAGACAAAGUAUUACCGAAUAUACCGUAUUAAAUAAAUCAUUGUAUUUUCCAUUUUAUUUGCAAUCUAUCUCAAUUUAUUCAUCAAAUACAUGUAUUUACAACUGUCUAUAAUUUUUGCAGAUACUAUUGUAUAGAACUAUUUGUAUGUAUGGUCCGUCGAAUGUAUUUUUAGAGAAUUUUAUUCUCGAUUUAUAUUUGUACGCAAUAAUAUAUUGUAUGGUAAAGGUCAUAUUUUGUAUAAGAGGGCGCGGUUCGGAAAACUGAUCGUUUCCAAGUACAUAUUUUGGAUCUAAAUCCAAUAUACUUAUUUAAAAAAAGUGCUGUUAGACAGUCCGUCGCUAAAAGAGGUAAGGUUGCAACCGUCCGAUUUGCCCUUAGUUUCGAACUUAAUCGUUAAAUCGCAAGAAAGGUGAGAAUUCUGUGCACUUUUCAGCACGAACUCGCGACUUCAGUCGGGACUAUAUGUAAAUAUUGAUUAUUACUUAAUAGUAAUUUUAUUUUAGACCAUAAUGUGCUAUAACCGAAUAUGUAUACAAGAGGAAUCACGUUUUAACCAUAUUUUAAAAACAUUUACAAACGACCACGACGGCACACCGGCUUGUUUUAUUAUUAAUAAUUAUUUUUUAAAUAAUUCGGAUUUUAUUUCUAACUGAUAGAUGUAUGCUGGGAAUGUGAGUCAUGAAACUGUGCGUCGAGUUAUUCAGUAAUGUUUAUUUGUAUUAGGUAUGUUAUAGUUGCCUGUUGACUACUGUAGGGAUAGCGUAGGUAGAACCUCCGUCCGAUGCCUCGGUCGCUUUGUCCUGCUCUCUCACCAGGUGAGUGAGCGAGUUCGAUCGAGGCGUGGGAAGCCGGUUCGGCAGCGACUGCUCCGGGUAGAGAGAGAGGGCGAUACGUUAGAGAAGGAUGCUCAAGCGUCGGAGCGGGCCGCGGGGCGCAUCUUAUUUAUUUUGAUAAUCAUUUAUAAUUUUAGCCGUAGGAGAUAUCGGUUCAAGUGUAAUUAUCGUAUCUAUUCUAUCUGUCCGAUCGCGUCGCGAUCUCUUGAACAAAAUUCGAAAAGCUUCAGUAUGCUUUUGGGAGCGUAUGUUUUAUUGUUAAGUGUAUAAAAGGCAUUCCAUAAGUUACAAUACGGUUGGCGUGAGUUAUUUCGAAAUUAUAUUAGCGAGCGUUCUAUGUUCUGUUUGAAGUGCCAUCCGUCAUGUUCCGAGUCUAAAUGUUGUCAGAUCGCUGCGAUUGUCGCGUGCGACUGGCGACACGGUUACGCUAAACUAUUGAUAACUUGUCAUUAUUUUCUAAAAUUAUACAAUACCAUGUUGCCUUUCUACUGUGAAUUUUUUUCCAAUAAAACGAUUAAGUAAA